CAGCGAUUCCUGUGUCUAGCUUGUUUGCCCCGGACCACCCAGACCAAGACCCAGACCUGCCCGAGGCCCCGCAGCAGCAGAGGUAAACAGCAGCACUCAGCUGACUGUCGUGACGCCCUCCGCCCCGCCGCGCCGCCCACUUGUGCUGCUGAUAAAGGAGUGAAGCAGAAGCAACAAUUGCUCAACCAAAGAUGGUGUCACCAAUGGAUGACCAGGACAAGUUACUGGAUGAGGCAAUGGGAGCAGUGCGAGGCCAAGCAUUCCAGAUGAAGCGGUGCCUGGACAAGGGACGGUUGAUGGAUGGCCUCAAGCAUGCCUCUAACAUGCUGGGGGAGCUCAGGACCUCUCUGCUUUCCCCUAAGACCUACUAUGAGCUAUACAUGUGUAUUUGUGAUGAGCUGCGCCACCUGGAGAUGUAUCUUGUUGAUGAGUUUCAGAAGGGUCAGCGUGUAGCAGAUUUGUAUGAACUGGUGCAGUAUGCUGGGAACAUUGUACCAAGACUGUACUUGCUGAUAACAGUGGGUCUUGUUUACAUCAAAACAAAUGAGACCUGCAAGCGAGACAUCCUGAAGGACCUGGUGGAGAUGUGUCGUGGCGUGCAACACCCGCUGAGGGGACUCUUCCUAAGGAACUACUUACUGCAGUGCAGCCGUAACAUUUUGCCAGAUGUGGAUGAUCAUUUCUUCAUCAUCAACUGCUCUAACUAG